AUGGACAUAUUUUCUAAACAUUCUCGAGGUGAAUGUAGAGAUGCAUUGAAGCAAAUGGGCUUAGGAACCGAAAUUCGUUGUCACACUGGAAAAUACGAGAGAAUUUUGUCAUGCUUUGAAGAUGGAAUUUCAAAUAGAGAUUUAACGUUGAAUGCUAGUUUGACACGAAAACAUUUCAUCAGAACAAAAGCUCUUUUGGGUUGCCACAAUAUUGUGUAG